UGAAGCUCGACCAUCGUAUGGUGGGGUGUCGCGUUGAAGCCCGACCACCGGAUGGGAGGAUGUCGGGAUGGGAGGAUGGGAGGAUGGGAGGAUGGGAGGAUGGGAGGAUGGUCGGGUGGUGGGAUGGCAAGAUGGCAGGAUGGGAGGAUGGCAGAAUGGCAAGAUCGGAGGAUGGUCGGGCGACAGGAUGGCAGGAUGGCAGGGUUGCAGGAUGCCAGGAUGGCACGACGGUCAGGUGGAGCGGUGAAGCUCAACCAUCGUAUGGUGGGGUGUCGCGUUGAAGCCCGACCAUUGGAUGAGAGGAUGGCAGGAUGGUCGGAUGGUCGGAUGGUCGGAUGGUCAGGCAGUGGGAUGGCACGAUGGGAGGAUGGCAGGAUGGCGGAAUGGCAAGAUCGGAGGAUGGUCGGGUGCCAGGAUGGCAGGAUGGCAGGGUUGCAGGAUGCCAGGAUGGCACGACGGUCAGGUGGAGCGGUGAAGCUCGACCAUCGUAUGGUGGGGUGUCGCGUUGAAGCCCCACCAUCGGAUGGGAGGAUGGGAGGAUGGGAGGAUGGUCGGGUGGUGGGAUGGCAGGAUGGGAGGAUGGCAGGAUGGUGGAAUGGCAAGAUCGGAGGAUAGAUGGGAGGAUGGCGGAAUGGCAAGAUCGGUCGAGCGGCAGGAUGGCAGGAUGGCAGGGUUGCAGGAUGCCAGGAUGGCACGACGGUCAGCCCGACCAUCGGAUGGGAGGAUGGGAGGAUGGCAGGAUGGGAGGAUGAGAGAAUGGUCGGAUGGUCGGGUGGUGGGAUGGCAGGAUGGGAGGAUGGCAGAAUGGCGGAAUGGCAAGAUCGGAGGAUGGUUGGGCGGCAGGAUGUCAGGAUGGCAGGGUUGCAAGAUGCCAGGAUGGCACGGCGGUCAGGUGGAGCGGUAAAGCUCGACCAUCGUAUGGUGGGAUGUCGCGUUGAAGCCCGACCAUCGGAUGGGAGGAUGUCGGGAUGGGAGGAUGGUCGGAUGGUCGGGUGGUGGGAUGGUGGGAUGGGAGAAUGGGAGAAUGGCGAAAUGGCAAGAUCGGAGGAUGGUCGGGCGGCAGGAUGGCAGGAUGGCAGGGUUGCAGGAUGCCAGGAUGGCACGGCGGUCGGGUGGAGCGGUGAAGCUCGACCAUCGUAUGGUGGAGUGUCGCAUCGAAGCUCGACGGGUGUCACGUUGAAGCCCCGCCAUCGGAUAGUAGGGUGUCACGUUGAAGCCCGACCAUCGGAUGGCGCGGCACGACGAUAGGGUGAUGUUUGGAUGGCAGGACUGCAG